GCCAUGGUCUCGGCUUGUGCCAAGAGGCUCGAAAGUGCUGCAUGGCAUACGAGGGCGCCGCUGCCGCUUGGUUCGGCGAGAUCGAUUUGCCCAUCUUGGGCCCAGGAUGGGCCGGCCAGGAUCGGUGAGGCGGCCCGUUGAGGUCGCCCAAGAAGAAAGCGACAGGGGUGAUGCGGACGCCGCGCGCCGUCUGCAUCGUGGGCGCGGGGCCGGCCGGCCUGCAGUUGGGACAUCUGCUGCUGCGCGACGGGUCCGCCUUGGCCGACUACGUGAUCUUCGAGCGCAGUGGUUCGGCGGGGAGCUUCUUCGAGAGGUUCCCCGUGCACCGCUCGCUCAUCAGCCUGAACAAGCGGCAUGCGCGCUCGCGCAGCGAGGAGUUCCGCAUGCGCCACGACUGGAACUCGCUGUUGGGCUCGGAUGCAGCGGGCGUGAGGCCUGUGACCGAGAGGUCGGACGAGCUCUACCCGCACGCUAACGUGCUCGUGGAGUACCUCAGGGAGUACGCGGCCGAGCAGUCGGAGCACAUCUCCACUACGGCGUGGAGGUUCGGCGGAUACGGCCGCUGGCCGGCGAGGGGGGCUUCGAGCUCAGCGUGGAGCGCCGCGGCGGGGCCGAGGAGCCCCAGGGCUGCCGCCGCGUGGUGGUGGCCGCGGGGCUGCAGGCUCCGCACAGGCCCGCGGACGUCGUCGGCGAGGGACUCCUGAGGGGCUACGAGGACCGAAGGAGCUCGAGCCCAGCGGGCGGGCCUACGAGAAUCGAUCCGUGCUGGUGUGGGGGUUCGGCAACGCCGCCCACGAGACGGCCCGGGAGCUGCAGAAGCACACCCAGGCCAUCCACCUGCUGCACCGGGCGCCGCCUCCGGAGGCCGCCAGCGGCCCGCCAGGUUCGCCCCUCGGCGUGGGAGGGCUGCCCCCUUCGCCUUCUUCACGCACUACCCUGGGGACGUUCGGACCGUGACGAUGCAC